UGCCUUGCCUAGUAUCCUCGCGCCGCAUGCCUAGUCUCCUUGAGAAAAUUUUCUUCCCUCUUCCAACGUCUCAACCGCAGCAAUGCAGCCAUCAUUCCGAUCCGAUUCCCAGCUUUUCGCACCGAGGACGGGUAGCAGUGGCCGAGCGAUUUAUCCAUAAUCUCGGGUCUCCUGCAGCCCAAAGGCAGCCACGAAGCCAAAAAGAUGAAAAAAAAAACGCAUCGAUGCCAUUGAUUGGCGUACUAUACGCUGGAGCUCACUCGAGCUCGCGUGGUCUUCUACUUAGCAUCUCUACUCGGCUCUCCUUGGUCUACUUCUUUAAACGCGACUCGAUUGAGCUUGGGAGAAAGGAAUUCGGCGAAGGGGGAAAAUAAGACUUUGUGGAAGAAUGCCCGCUGGAGGCUGCUUUUCCACGGUAUGGCAAAGAGAGAGAGAGACAGAGAGAGAGAGAGUAAAAAGAAAAGAAACGAGAAAAAAGAAAGCAUGUGAGAGAUCGACAGCGGCUCAAAUCCCACAGACACUCACCAGAAGACGAUCGUUCCCCACGUUCCAGCCCCAUCACCACCAGCCAGAUCGCUUCCCCGCGGGGGAUGAGGACCCCCCCCCCCGUUGCAACCGCCAUCCAACUUCCCGAUCGCACUCGGCCUCCGUUCCCAAUUCGUCCAUUGCGAAAACUCUAUCUCUUUCCCUCUCAGUCCCAUGUAACCAACGCACAUGUCAAAAGGUUCUUGAUGCUGGACGAAUGUGGCCAAAUGCCUGUAUGUCUUCCUUCAGUCGAUUCGGGUUAUAUCGCCUACACAAGCGCGGCCGUCUCAUCAAAGACAUGCAUAUGCCACAUCGCCUUAGUCCCAAUGGCACCGUUGGAGAAUGAAGGUGUCCGGGUCUACCGCACUUGUCUGUCUCUUGACCAAAGCACUGGAUAGGAAAG